UUGUAUGUUAUAUUUCAGAGCUCUUUGUUUUGCUUUGCUUUUGGGAGGGUUUUGAAAUUUGAAGAGAUUUGGUUUUACUUGCUUCCUUCUUCUCACUACACUUCAUUCCAAAUUCUCGCCGUGUAUUCAUAACCUCCAAUUUCCAACCCUAAUUCGCUGCCAUGACAGAGUAUUGGGUCAGCCAGGGCAACAAAUGGUGUGACUUUUGCAAAAUUUAUAUAUCAAACAAUCCUUCCAGCAUCAGAAAUCAUGAGCUUGGUCAACGUCACAAAGAUAAUGUUACCAAGAGGCUGGCUACUAUGAGAAAAGAGAAUGCUGCUAAGGAAAAAGAGCAGAAGGAAACAGCUCACGCCAUUGAGCAAAUCGAAGCAAAAGCACAGCGUAGCUAUCAAAAGGAUAAGGCAAAGUUUGAGGAAACCAGAGAAUCACAUGAAUUGGAUGACCAAGAGUGGGAGUUUGACAGCAGCUCAGGCUAUUACUACCAUAAAACAAAUGGAUUUUACUAUGAUCCAAAGUCGGGAUUUUACUAUUCUGAUGCCAUUGGCAAGUGGGUGACCCAGGAAGAAGCAUAUGCCUCACCUCACUUUACGUCAAAUACUAGGCACAACGGAUCAACUGCGAAAAAGGCCUUGUCAACUUCACAAUCGAAAUCGGUUGAAAACAAAGCAAAUAACUCUCAGAAUGGACCUUCACCUGGGCCUGUUGUUACAACGUGUUUGAAUCCUGUGAGAAACGUGAAAGCCUCCCCUUCAUCUCUUGCUGUCGGUAAGAGAAAGAGACCUGGUGAAAAAUCCAAGUUUGUCUCUGAAGAAGAAAAAGCAGCUCUCAAGGCAAGAGAAGCUGCAAGAAAAAGAGUAGAGGAGAGGGAGAAACCCUUGCUUGGGCUUUACAGCAAGCCAUAUUAAGUGUCGAAAAUAUACUCUUAACAGCCAUAUCUUCCCCUAAAAAUUGAGGUAUAUACUUCUUUUUGCCUGAUUAUUUAUGCUGUCUUUAGGUUGAUGUUCUAAUUCCCCAAGUGUUUUCCAUGUGACUGUAACUUGUAAAAUGUAACUGCUCCUUUUUAUUUUAUUUCUUGGCAAUACAUGCUGAUUUUCAGCUUUAUUUGUAUAUGUGUUUUUGGGAAAGGGGGAUGAGGAGGAAAAAAGGGAAUUAAAAGAGUCUAGCAUGUUUGGGCGGGAAUGUAGGUGUGUGAUCCAAACUAGGGGUUGGGAGAAAACGUGAUUUUGCUUUUGUUUCAUAGAUGAUUAGCAAUAAUUACUCAAAUUUUAUUUUACUACAAAACUAGCUUUUGGUACAUUGGAUGUUGGUGCAUUGGAAUAUAUGAC